AUGAUCACACUCUUUGUCACUCUUUCUCUCGUCAUAACUGUGAAAACUUCUGAUGUCAAGGAUCUUCAAGUUCAAAAAGUCAAGCAUGGGGGAGAUGUAAACAUAAAAUGUGAAAACUUUUACACUGAAGUUAAUUUUGUUUGGUUCAAACAGAGUUUUGGAAAAUUUCCUCAGGAAGUGGUGAAACAGGUGGAUAAAAGGAACAGAUACGGUGCAGAAUUUAAUGAUGGACGCUUCAGUAUUAGUGAAGAUAAAAAAACGUUUAAUCUCAACAUUAAACAAAUCAAAGAAGAGGAUUCAGGAACAUAUUUCUGUGCAGAACUGCAGGCAUCUUCACUACGCUUUGCACCUGCAACCCUUUUGGUUGUUGAAGCUGAGGAGAUGAAACAACAUCCUCCGACUGUCACGGUGAUGGAGAACGGAGAGUCGCUCACACUCCAGUGUUCAGUACAAGCGUUUACUUCAAGCUGUGAAGGACAGAGUGUGUACUGGUUCAGACACGGCUCAGGAGAAUCUCAUCCAAGAAUCAUUUACACUCAUGGAGACGGCAGUGAUGAGUGUAAGAAGAGCUCUGAGGCUGGUUCUCCUACGCAGAGCUGUGUCUACACUCUCCCCAAGAGGAACCUCCCAACCUCUGAUAAUGGAACGUUCUACUGUGCUGUGGCUGCGUGUGGACAAAUCCUCUUUGGGAAUGGAACUGAAGUGGAAGUAAAAGGUUCCAGUUACAAUACUGAUCAGAUGGAUUUGUUGUUCUGGCUCUCCGUUUUUAGAGUUGGAGUUCUUGCCUUCAUACUUAUUAUCUUUACAAUGUAUUACAAUGUUUUAAAAUUAAGAUCAAUUUAGAACUUAAUAUUUCAAGACAAAUCUAAUAAAUGCGUUA